CAUGGAGGUUGUGAAGGCAAUAAGGAGAAUGCUAGUAUUAUUCUCCCCAGAGGUUUGAAAUCAGCCAUGAUCCAUCCAAUCAAGAUUUCGACGAGUGUACCAUUGAAGUGUAGACUAAUAAACUUUUAGAGAGAGAGGGAGAGGACCCCCUAAACAAAUAUCUUUGCUAGAAGCCUAGAACUAGUGUGAAGAGUGACUGAAGUGUGAACAUUCAAUGAGUUUCUAGAAAGAAAAGAAAAUGGAAUUCAGAAAUUUGUGGUUCAUCUGGUUGGACUUUGUGUAAUAAAUGGCAAUGUUUCAACUGGUGGAGAGUCCCAGGAACUAUUGUCUUCUUUGAUACUCUGAAUUUUACGCUUUGCAGCGAAGAAACGAUGUGGCCCUUUAACAGAAAAGGACCCUCUGGGUUCUCAGCUAGUUCAACAGCAGAGGAAGUCACGCAAGGAAUAGAUGGAACUGGUCUCACUGCCAUCGUUACUGGAGCAUUGAGUGGUAUUGGGAAUGAGACAGCGCGUGUUUUUGCAUUGCGUGGAGUUCAUGUUGUUAUGGGGGUGAGGAAUGUGGCUAGUGGAAAUAACGUUAAAGAAGAAAUCAUGAAGGAAGUGCCUUCAGCUAAGGUGGAUGUGAUGGAAUUGGAUCUCAGUUCAAUGGCAUCAGUGAGGAGAUUUGCAUCUGAUUUUCAUUCAUCGGGCCUUCCUCUGAACAUUCUUAUUAAUAACGCAGGAGUUAUGGUUAGUCCUUUAACACUUUCAAAAGACAACAUAGAACUACAUUUUGCAACAAACCACUUAGGCCAUUUUCUUUUGACAAAUCUUUUGUUGGAGACAAUGAAAAGUACAGCAUGUGAAAGUAAGAAUGAGGGAAGAAUUGUUAAUGUUGCAUCAGAGGCUCACCAGAGGUCAUAUCCUGAAGGAAUUCGGUUUGAUAGAAUCAACGAUAAAUCAGGGUAUGGUAGCUGGCAAGCAUAUGGACAAUCAAAGCUUGCAAACAUAUUGCAUGCUAAUGAACUUAAUAGGCGUCUAAAGGAAGAGGGAGUUGAUAUAACUGUGAAUUCACUUCAUCCAGGAGUUAUCGGGACCAAUAUUUUACGCAAUCACAGCUUUCUAAAUGGAAUAGUUCUUUCACUUGGCAAAUAUGUGUUUAAAAAUGUUCAGCAGGGUGCGGCAACCACUUGCUAUGUAGCUCUGCAUCCACAAGUCAAGGGGGUUGGUGGUGAGUACUUUGCAGAUAGUAACCUUGCCGAGCCCACUUCACAAGCUAAGGACAUGGAGUUGACAAAGAAGCUCUGGGAAUUCAGCAUGAGUUUGAUUGGUUGAUGUACCUCUACCUCAUAGACAUUUGUUCCAUUCUUGAAUAGAUUUGGAGGAUAAUUUUGUGAUUAUGAUCCAGAAAAAUCGUAGUUAUUUUCUUAUUAUUGUUGCAUUCAGUUAUUUUGUAUAGUAAACCCAAAAAUACAAUUAUUCAUGUGGUGAUUGUACAGGAUUAUUCUAGAGAUUCCUGAACCUAGAGCUAUGAAAGUAUAUGUAAUGGAUCACUGAUAAUACUAGCUAUCAUAAGCAGAUGAUGCAGAUCUUUUA